AUGGCGCCCCAUCCCCGAGGCAUGGGAGGGUCCGAGUCCCCCAGAAACCGCCGGGUCGGGGAGCACUGGAGCGCACAGAAUCCGGUGCCAACCAUCCAUCGGUUCUUGGAGCGUAUGGAGCAGGACAAGGAGGCGCGGAAGGCCCAUGAAGAGGAGUUGGAUGCUCAGGAAAAAGCUAGAGUGACCGAGAAGAAAGAUGCAAAGCCAGAGGCUAUCCCUCAUCGCCCACGAAAAUCAAAGGGAAAGACCCGCGUCGUGACGGAUCCUACGACGGGCCGCGAUAUUGAGGUCGAGGACCAAGAUUCGGACUCCAUGGACGCCGUGAAGAACGCAAAGUUGGUUGUUCCAAAUGCGAAUCUCGGAAAGCCCACGCCCGUCAGAACCGAUCCCAACCAGAGCUUCGAUGAAUACCGCGAAAAUCAGGAUAUCACCGCCCCUCCAGAUCCUAUUGCCGAAGGCACAACAUCGGACGUCCCCAUCCAUGGGGAGGUAACCAAUAUCCUUUUCCACCCAACCCCUAGUGUCACAUACAAACCGAUGUUUGACGCCUUGGAACGACGGGGCAUUGGUCUCUGCAUAGGUAUAGUAUUUGGGAUCCUCUUUAUUGGCCGAUUAUUUGGCACCUCAAUAUGGGCGCUUUUCCUUCUGGGCUUUUGCAUUGCAAGUGGCGCCACUGCCAACCUACUGCCUGAGUCCGUUGAAUGGAUGAACACCUUCCUUGGUGUCGUGUGGGGACUUGUGAACCCUGAGAUGUUGUCUCCCGUGGCGGACACAAUCGAAGAUAUCAUGCAGGCUUCGGCUCCCGGUGUGGUCGAAAACGUCCGCAUCGCAGAGAUCGACCAGGGGAGCAACCCCCUACGCAUUCUCAGUCUACGGUCCCUCCCCGAUGACCACGACCAUGUCCAGCAGCUAAAAGACAACAUCCGUGAGGAAAACGAACGGAACAAGGACCCUGAUGAAGCGGCGGCGAUUGAAGAAGGUGGAAGUCACUACAAUCUGGAGGCAUCGUUUGCAUACCACGCAAAACCAACGGGCCAGUCCACCUCGGCCAAGGCACGCAACAUGCACAUGCAGAUUGUGUUCUACCUGGGCAUCAGAGGUCUUUUUGGCGUCCCUUUUCCAGUAUUCGUUGAGCUGAAGGAAAUGGUGGGAACCGUCCGUCUCAGGUUCCAGCUGAUGCCAGAGGCACCCUUCAUGAAGGACAUGACGUUCAGUCUUGUGGGAAUUCCCCAUAUCAGGGCUGGCUGCAUGCCCAUGGUCAAAGGGGGCGUGAAUAUCCUGAACUUGCCAUUAAUCUCGAACUUUGUCAACUACGCAAUCGCCACCGCGUGCGGCCUGUUCGCAGCGCCCAAGUCCAUGACAAUGGAUCUCAGCAUGAUCCUCAAGGGCGAUGACAUCAUCAAGGAGACCCAGGCCCUGGGAAUCAUGUGGGUUCGCAUCCACCGUGCUGUCGGCCUCAGCAAGCAGGACCGGCGUGGCAGCUAUGGUGGCGGCAGCGACCCUUACAUCAAUCUUUCGUUCUCCAAAUACGGCAAACCCAUGUACUGUACUCGCGUCAUCUGCGACGACCUCAACCCGGUCUGGGAAGAGACGGCCGCGUUGCUGGUGACGCCGGAGCUGAUCAAGGCCAACGAGAGCCUCAGCGUGGAGCUCUGGGAUUCGGACCGCAACACCGCCGAUGAUAUCGUGGGCAAGAUCGAGCUGCCCAUUCGCGAGAUGAUCCAACACCCAUGUCGUAUGUACCCCCAGGUUUCCAAACUCCAAGGCCUCAGCGAGGGCACCGAGAUGCCAGGCGAACUACACUGGGAAGUUGGCUUCUUCGGCAAACCCAAGCUCAGGGCUGAGCUUCGGACGGACGGCAAGAAGAAGGACCUGCCUGAAAACUUCAAGAAUGUUCCCGAGUUCCAAGACGAGAAAGGCGUCAUCAGCAAUGAGGAAGAGGAUGCGGUCGUUCACACUCCCCCGGAUCCGCUUUGGCCCAGUGGCAUCCUGAGCGUGGUGGUCCACCAAAUCGUCAAUCUGCAGCUGGCCAACAUCAAGGGCAGCAAUGGCAACCGAAAAGGCAGAGAGUAUGAGCCCGCCAGGGAGUACGGUGAAAAGAGCGAGGAAACGGGUUCCGACUUGCCCACAAGCUACUGCAAGAUCAUCCUCAACGACCAGUUGAUCUACCGGACUCGGCCAAAAGCUGUCAGCUCGAAGCCGAUCUUCAACGCAGGAACCGAGCGGUUCGUCCGCGACUGGCGCUCCGCCGUUGUCACCAUCACCGUCCGUGAUCAGCGGUACCGCGAACACGAUCCCAUUCUGGGCGUCGUGCCGCUGAAGCUCUCCGAUAUCUUCCAGACCAGCUCCCAGGUGACACGCUGGUACCCGCUUGACGGCGGCAUCGGAUACGGACGGAUCCGCGUGUCGCUUCUCUUCCGCCAUGUCGAGACCAAGCUCCCGCCCAACAUGCUGGGAUGGGAUGUGGGGACGUUCGAGUUCGCCUCGGACAAGAUCACCGUGCAAGACUUCAACCACAAGGCCAAGAUCAAGCUGCGCACGGGCGGCAGCAGCGGGAAGAUCUCACGGCACGCCUGCACGGUCCACGGAAACAACACGACGUUCGACCUGACCCAUUCGUCCGUGCACGGCAAGGUCCGACUCCCCGUGAAGCACCGCUACCGCUCCCCGGUCGUGAUGGAGUUCCACACGUCCGGCAAGCACGGCGUGGCGGCUUACGCGAUCCUCUGGCUGCAACACAUGAUCGACAACGAGGACAUGCCGAUCGACAUCCCGCUGUGGUCGACCAAGAACGGCAAACGCCUGACGCAGAACUACAUCACCGAAGACAACUGGCAGGUCAAGCGCGAGCCGGGGCUGGAGGACCUGCAGAUCAUCGGCCGGGUGCAGUUCCACGCGCGGUUCACGCCGGGCAUCGACGAAACGCACGAGCAGUACGUCGUCGACGACCACUCGCGCGAGACGUUUGAAACCUGGGAGGCGUGCAUUGCCGAGGGCGUGCGGUCGCGGAGCAUCUCCCUCGAGGUGCCUGAGGACGUCGAGCGCAUGCACGAGGAGUCGCUGGUCAACGGCCGCGACAUUCUCAAGCACGCUGACCCGCGGGAACGCCGUCAAUGGAUCGACCGGCAGGGACAGGACUGGAGCGGCGCGUUCGGCCAGGACCCGGCGGCUUUUGUGGACGAGCAGGGCGAGAAGAUCGCGGAGCCUGGAAGUGACCAGCCGGUGCAUGACCCCGUGAACCCCCCGGCUAUCCAGGGGGACACCACGGCGAGGUUCCAGCACCAGCAGCAUGUACGGCAAGAGAGCAAUUCCAGCGCGUCGUCGCAUGAUUCCACUUCCACGGUUGACUCGGAGCAACAGGAGCAACGAUCUUCCUUCACCAGCUCGCAGCUGGACUCUCCGAGCAGCAGCCAGGCGGGGCCCAGCGAGAGAUCCACCAAACGGGCGAACCGCCGCAGCGACCAGCGCCACCAGCGGGGGAUGAUGCAGUGGAAACCGGCUCGGAACGCGGUGUUUGCGCGGGACGAAGCCAAGUAUGCGCUCCGGAAGGUGAAGAAUCGGUUUUCCGGGGAUUUGACGGGACGAGAGCCUGACCUGGAGACGGAGACGGGCAAUUGA